AUGAACUCUGAACUAUGUUCUAAAAUUACAACUGCUAUACCAACAAAUCCUAUGAAUAUGUUGCUUUCAGUGGAAGGAUCUAUUACCUUGCCACUAUCUCAUUAUCUGCAAUUAGAAUCAUUCUAUUACAAACAAGAAAAUCGUAAUUAUUCAUCAAUUGGUACUAAUACGACUUCUAUUACAAAAUAUCAAGACGCCGAGUGUCAAACAAACAUUGUUUCGGCUCGUGUUAGUACAGGUACACAGACAGAUAAUAUGAUAAUUUCAAUAAUCACACCAGAAGCUGCUACUGUUAAAUAUGACAAUGAAACAUCAACAACGAUAGUCGUCGAUUCACCAUCAUCUUCAGUUCGAUCAACAGAGAAAGAAAUUUCUACUGGUCAAAUUAAAAAUUAUCCACCACCAAUUGAUGUUAAUAAAAAUCAAAUAUCAUCUAAACAGACACGACUGAAGAAAUCAUAUGCCAUUAAAUCUACCAUUAGGAAAAGAUUGUUAACAAGUCAAACAAAGGCAACACCAAAAAUUGAUCAAGCUUCUGCUAUUCAUGUUUCUUCAUCAUCUGAAUCAUUAAACGCUAUUAAUGAACGUAAAAUUACCAAUGAUCUUGAAAAGGACAACAUAAAACGAAUGAAUGAAAAUGAUAGACGAGAAAAAUUUCGUUUUUUAGCUCGUGUAUUAAAUGAAUUAGCAAAUAUUGAUUCAUCAAAUUCAGAUUCACACAAUAUGGAACUCAUCAUAUCACACAUCACUAAUAUGUUACAUAGAAUGCAAUAA